AACGGUGUGCGGGGAGGGGCAACGUCACGUCGAACAACGCAUGCCAUAACGCUGCCAAGUUAAGAAGGUCUCUAUGCGCGCAUCGUUCAAGCUCAAAAUAUGGUUUUACUAUAUCGUCGGUUAAAAACUUGCCUGCGUCGCUCGAGUCGUCCAACGCGAUUACGCGAGGUGAGAACUGAGUGAUCGUUGCAUUGUAGUAAAAGUGGCCUCUACGAGAGUAUUUUAUCUUCGUUCUGUUUAACUAUUUUAUUAUUUAUCACAAUUAUUUAGAAAAAGUGAUUUAGUGACUUUACGUUUAUUAUUAUCUAAAGUAAACUUAUAUCAAGAACGAUGCUGUCAAAUAAGUUAAAAAACAAAUAGGGUUAAAACACAACGACUGGCUAAAAGAAGUGAUUAACAAUGAACCUUAAUGCUGUUGUUUGUUGAAGUGUAUUUUGCGUGGCAUUUUCGUUCACAGUGACCAAAUUGAAAUAAAUUAUGUCCAGUUUCUUUAUUAUUAAAGUACUGAUGAAUUCAACGGAAAGGUGAUAGUAAGCGUGUUGAUCUGUGAUUACGAUGGAUUGGAAAAUUCGACCGCAGACCUACGAAUAUCAGCAGUGAAGUCAGUCGAGGCCACAGCCUUUUGAAAUAGAAAUGGACAUCAAGAUUUCCGAGCCCGUUCUAGAGGAUAUAGGAUCUGCUAGUCAAGAUGAAUCGAAACUAUUUGAAAAAAACUUUAGACAAACGAGUUCAAAAACAGAAAAAAUUCCGGUGCUUAGAGACGAAAAAAGCUGUGACAGUGAUACUCAUAGUGAGGACCUUAGUUCUAACGAUGAACAAAAUAAUGCAAACGGUAACUCUCAUUUUUAUGAGAGCAGUGACAGUAAAAUAGACUAUGCGGUAAAAAUAGAUGACAAUGAUACGUUAAGUGACAUUGAUGAUAUAAAAACGGAUAGUGCAUCUGCAGAUAGUGAAGAUUCAGCACUUGGCAGUCUACCUCCAGACACCGCUCCCAAUGAAAGAGAAGAAGAGAUUCAAGAUAGAUCAGAAGGUAGUGACUCAGGGUUUGGAUCCGAAGCAAUCGUAGAUGCUAAUCUACCUUGCUUUGAUCUUUCACUUCCUUGCUCAAAAGAAGAUAACAACGCAGAUAACAAAAAAGAAACUGGCUCUAUCGAUAAUAAUGAUGAAGAAUUAAAUAAUACUACUGCCAAAUUAUCUCAGCCAUGUUCACCUCUCAGAAGCAGCCUCAAAAGAAAACACAACAAUGAGAAUUCUGAUGAACCUCAAACUAAAAAAAGAAAAGAAGGCAUUAGAUUCGACAAUGUUACAGUAUUUUAUUUUCCGAGAGCUCAAGGAUUUUCUUGUGUGCCAUCACAGGGUGGUUCCACGUUAGGAAUGGAAUGGGAACAUUCUCAUAUCCAAAAGUUUACAUUGGCGGAACACGCUUUAGAACAAAGAAGACUGCAUAGACAGAUUUUGCAACAGUUGAAAAGUGAGCGAAAUUCCUUGAAGGGUGACUUGCUUUCUUCAAGUGAAGACAGUGACACAGAAGAGGAAGCAAGUGAUAUAUCUGAGUCAGAAUUAGAUUUAGAUAAUUACUAUUUCCUACAACCUGUUCCAACAAGACAAAGACGAGCCCUUUUACGUGCAGCAGGUGUCAGGAAAAUAGAGGGUUACGAAAAGGACGAAUGUAGAGACAUCAGGACGUCAAGAGAAUUUUGUGGUUGUGCUUGUAAAGGAUCAUGUAAUCCUGAGAAUUGUUCGUGUAGCUUAGCCGGCAUAAAGUGUCAAGUAGACAGGUUGAAUUUUCCUUGUGGAUGUACUAGAGACGGUUGUGGCAAUACUACAGGACGUAUCGAAUUUAAUCCAGUAAGAGUGAGGACACACUUCAUUCAGACCCUCAUGAGAAUAGGUCUGGAAAAGAAAAAUGAAGAGAAUAAAGAAGCCGCCAAAAAGCAAUGGCAACAUACAACAGAUACACAUAGCACAAACGGGUGCUUAACAAAUCAUCUUUACGAAAGGGAACGUUGUCUAAGACAAGAAGACGGCUUACUACGUGAUGUUAAUCUGACACCAAGAAUAGAAGUCGAGUCAUGUGUGAAUUCUGGGAACUACAAUAAUGUUCACUGCAAUAACACACAAAGAAAUAUGCAAGAUGGUUUAUCUUUUAAUUACAGCAAUCAUAACUGCAAUCCUGGAAGCAUUCAUGAAAAUGGCAUAAUUAGCUAUGAAAGUAGUAAUCCUCAUCAUCAGCAUCAUCACGCGGAUGCAUACACGUCGAACAUAAUACAAGGAAAGGGCCCACCUUACUCCGCUACGAAUCCUAUGGGAUUCGAUACGACUUCAAACAUACACAGGUUUCCUUGUGAUAUGAAUUAUGCAUAUGAUCAACACACAGCAGAAACACAUCACUUCAAAGGAUUACAAAGUUUUUCAGCUUCUAGUUUCGAGGAGUUCGCGCAUAAUUCACAAAUGACGAUGUUCAGCCAUUACGGGCACAUGUAUGUACCGGAUUAUUUGCACAAACAAAACCACAACAUGCACGAUUAUAAUCAAGCCGCAUAUCACGGAAUGGGCCAGAAUAACUACGAAAUGUACAAAACUGGUACGGAAAAUGUAAGCGCCGAAAGUAAAACCGAUUCUCAUUAUACUACUUUAACAACAAUGCCAUAUCAAUCUAAUAAUAAGUUGCAAACUGUAGAUAACGAUCAGAACUGGUUCAGCCAGAAUACGUUACUUAACCUGGAUCAAUCUGACCAAACCACUCAGGAUGCUUCAGACACCAGAUCUCAGGCUCCGGAGCCCCCCGCUGAAAGCAAUACUACCGAGACUGCCGAUAAUUUUGGAGAACUUAUAAAAAAAACAAUGGUAGAAUCUGUUACUGUGUAGAUAAAAUACUUGUUGUCUUAUUCGUCUUACUGAUUUAUCGUGUUAUUGAAAUUUUGACUAUAUUAAUAAUUGAUAACUAUACCUAGUAUUUUUUUUAUUUUUGUUUAUAAAC